AGAAGAAACCACAUUAUCAGGUUCACAGCCACAACAGUCUAAGUCACCAUUGAUUGCUACUAGCACCAUCUCUUUCCAUAAAUACAGCACCACCCGAAGCAGCUCCUGGCAGUGAAAAAAAUUCUCAGACCAUGCCUUCUCCCUCUGUGCAAUGGCUGAGCUUUGUUGGGACCAUCUGGCUCCAAACCAUUAAUGGUGCAAAUUCUGAUUUCCCAGUCUACUCAUCCCAGCUCAAAGAUCUUAAAUCCUUCUCUCAAGUCAAGCUCAAUUUCCUUGCUUUCGCCUCCGAUGCUGGAAAGCUCUUCGGCUGGUUUUCUGGUCUUGCUGCCAUUUUUCUACCCCUCUGGCUGGUUGCAGUGAUUGGUGCAAUUUUUGGGCUGGUAGGCUAUGGCGUGCAGUUUCUCUUCCUAGGAAGCACUCAUCUAUCCUACUGGCAUCUCUUUACACUCACCGCUUUGGCUGGAAAUGGUAUAUGUUGGAUCAACACUGUAUGCUACAUCAUCUGCAUCCAAAAUUUUCCUUCUGAUAGCCGUGUUGCAGUUGGGAUAUCCACAAGCUAUGUUGGUUUGAGUGCUAAGAUCUACGCUGUUGUAGCGGAUGUGAUCUUCCGACCGCAGUCCAAUCAUGAUGCCAAGACAUAUCUCGGCCUCAAUGCCAUUGUACCUAUAUUAGUUAGUAUUUUAGUUGCACCAUUUCUUCGGGAGAUGGAGACCAAAAAUAAAGCAAGAUCAAGUUGUGGGUUCAUGGUGAUGUUUGCCAUAACACUGGCAACUGGAAUUUGUGCAGUUGUUGGCAGCAUUAGGCCUGAAUCAAGAGAGCAUGCAAUAAGCCUAGGAUUGCUUUUGACUGCGCCUUUGGUGGUCCCUUUGGCCAUGAAGUAUAGAGAAGGCAAAGAAGAGUUAUGGUGGAACAGGAGGGAGAGGAGAGUUCAUGAUAUUACUGUAGAUGAGGUUGAUACUAGAGAGAGUGUCAUGGAUCUUGAGAUGAGGGAAGUAGAGUCUGUAGAUGGGAAAGUAGAAGAGUCCGUGGAAGUUGGAGGCCUUCAACUGUUAAAGAAGGUGAACUUUUGGUUAUAUUUCUUCAGCUAUAUGUUUAGUGCUACAUUGGGUUUGGUCUUCUUGAACAACCUAGGACAGAUAGCCGAGUCCCGUGGAUUCUCAAAGACUACCACUCUGGUCUCCUUGUCUUCUUCUUUUGGUUUCUUUGGUCGUCUCAUGCCAUCUGUUUUGGACUACUCUUCAACAAAAAGUGGGUACAUGGUGUCAAGGCCAGCAUUCAUGGCCAUACUGAUGGCUCCAAUGGCAGGAGCCUUCUUCCUGCUGCUAAAUCCAAGCAGACUUUUCUUGUACCUCGGUACUACUAUUAUUGGAGGAUGCACUGGGGCAAUUACCUCUAUUGCCGUCUCAGCAACUCCUGAGCUAUUUGGCACCAAGCAUUUUGGCGUGAACCACAAUAUUGUUGUCACAAAUAUACCAGUAGGGUCGUUUCUCUUUGGUUACUUUGCUGCUUUUCUCUACCAGAGAGAAGCUGAAGGAAGCCAUAGCUGCAACGGGAUCAGAUGCUACGAGAAAACCUUUAUUAUAUGGGGUUCCACUUGCUCCGUUGCCACUCUCCUUUGUACAGUCCUCUAUGCCAGAACUCGAAAAUUUUGCUGAAAGACUGCUCAAAGAUCUGAUGACUCACAUAGAUUAAGUUGCUAUACAUGAUAUCCUAAUUCCUAUAGCACUUGAGCUCCACCAAAAUCUAUAGAUGCUCCUGCUUGUGCCCCCAUCCACAACAGUUUGCAAGUUGAUGGAGAUUUUUAACACAAGCUUAUGUACCACAUUGGUCUUUCUAUGAAGUUUGCUAGAUCAAUGUGAAUAUUCCUAAUUGUUUUUUGCGUGAAAUAAAUUCCUGAAAUAGUUACAGGGAUGAUCGGAAUCAAAAAUAUUAAUUUUACUGAUGCUGCAUGACAAAACAAGCAGGAACUCGCUUGGAAUUACCAGGCCAUUCUUUGCUCUUGGGCGACCGAUUUCUUCCUAUUAAAUCUACGCUAGAUUUCCUUGCCAACCAAGUUACAGGCAUCCAUCAUGUCCUCCUCCACUUUGGUGUCUAAAUAUUCGACCCAACUGAACAGAACUAUUAUUAAUGAGAGGCCAGCAGCUGAAAUUUUUAGGUGCGCACCUUUAUUGUUUCUUGUCCCUCGAGCAAUAAGUUUUUGCAGAUCGGUGGAUGAGCCAUGACUAUCUAUUGCUAAAACUGUUUACAGAGAGAGCAGAACAUCCAAUAGAUAUAAAGUCACACAACAGAAUCUGACUAAGAUAUGGCCAGCUAUAACUUCACUCUUGUUCUUAUUGCCAAAGCGCUCUUCGAAAUAACAGCACACAUUAGUUUCUGGAAUUCAGAAUCUAGUACCACCCCAUAAGGUUGGCAGGUAGUCUCAGGUCAUGAAGAUGUUCUUAAUUUGUUU